AAAGUGAAAAAAAAUCGUAGAUCUUUUCCGGAGAAGGGAUCCUGAAGUAAUUGGUGGUUUCGCCCUGUCUAAGCGGAGGAGGAGAAGAGGGCGACGGUAUGACGACAGCAGCGCGGCCGACGUGGGCGCCGGCGAAGGGUGGGAACGAGCAGGGCGGCACCAGGAUCUUUGGUCCUUCCCAGAAGUAUUCCUCCCGCGAUCUCGCCUCCCAUACCGCCCUAAAGCCAAGGAAAGAAGGGCAGGAUACCCAGGAUGAAUUGCAGAAGAGGAACCUCAGAGAGGAGCUGGAGGAGCGUGAGCGUAGGCACUUUGCUUCCAAGGAUAAAACUUAUGCAGAAGAUAGAGACAGAAGAAAAGGGGGGCACCUACUCUUGGAAGGAACGAGAAGAGAGGUUGAAGAUAGGAUUAUUCCUAGGAGUAUUGAUGCUGAUGACUCUGAUGGGGAUGUCAAAGAUCAUGAUGAUGAAAGUGAUGAUGACGAUGAUGAUGAAGAUGAUACUGAAGCUUUGUUGGCUGAACUUGAAAGGAUAAAGAAAGAACGCGCUGAAGAAAAACUCCGUAAGGAACAACAACAGCAGGAAGAAGAGCUCAAGGCAAAAGAAGCCGAGUUAAUGCGAGGAAAUCCAUUAAUCAAUAUCAACAAUUCAACUUCUUUCAACGUCAAGAGAAGGUGGGACGAUGAUGUUGUUUUCAAAAAUCAGUCUCGUGGUGAAACUAAAGCUCCUAAGCGUUUUAUCAAUGAUACUAUCAGAAAUGACUUCCAUCGCAAGUUUUUGCACAAGUACAUGAAAUGAUUCUGUCAGUGUUCAGUUCAUAUCUGUUUGGAAUUUCUCAUCUCAAGUCGGUAAGCUGUAUCAUACCCGUUGCUAAAAUCCGUGUCUAGUGGGUUCUCAACUUGAUUAUGACAUCCUUUUUAGCUUGGAGAACAAAGUAUUGGUGUGAUUUCCCCUUUGAUUGUGCUUUCGUCUAGACCAUAUUUACUUGAGAAGAAACAUGGUGGUGUAUCAUAUUGUUGUAGUUUGUUUGAUCUCUAUUGAUUAUGAAAUGAAGUGGCAUCUCUUCUACUAAA